UGUUUUUUAUUUCUUCAUAAUUUUUACAAGUGGUAACAAGAAAUAAGUAAAAAUGUUAGAUUAAAUUGAUGUUGUGGACUAAAAAUGAAAAUUGAGAAAUAAAAUAUUCGAAAAUUAAUACGACAACAUCAACAAUAUUAUUGUCUUUUGGCUACAAUCACGAUGUUUGGCUUGGCUGAAUCCCAAAAGGAUUCAUUUCUUGAGCAAACUAAAUUUGCCCGAGAAGAAAGAGCAUUGGAAAAGAAAAGGGAUAAUGCCGCAAUUUGUAUUCAGUCCUGUGUCAAGGGAUUCUUGGCUCGCAAGAAAUAUAAACAGAAAAUAUUAGACGACUUCGACAGGAUUGUGACGAAUUUUCAAUCGGACGAUUGCGGACAAGAAUUAAGUCCUUGUACGGAGGUUUACACUGUGGCAAGUUGUUUCCUUACAUUGUUCCAGCCAAACGAUUUAGGUCAACGGGAGAGGUUCGAACGGCUCUGUAGGUAUGUCAACAAAUCUGUUGAAUCCGAAUCGUUGAAAACAAAUUACGCCAGUUUGUGUCUGCAGAAGAGCCUCAGCUUGCAAUGGAUUGCGCACAUAAAAAAGUUAUUGAACUUUUGCUGCCUGGUUAUGGAGACUUUAAAACCAGAAAACCACACCGAUAGCAUUUCGCUGACAUUGUAUUUGCACACUCUAAUUGUAUUUACUUCGCCAAGAUCAUGGGCUUUAAUGCACAACAAAAAUAUGGACAAAAUUCAGCCAGCUCUUCAGAAAAUAUGUUGCAAUAUACAAGGAUACUUGAUUCAGAAUUCCUUUUUUCAUUCUAUGAGGUGUAUAAUGCUUAAAGGAUGUGUGCGGGAAGAGUUGUCCCUGAAGCCAGUUUCAAUCAAAGCCAUCAUCACUUUAUGCACCCGGCCUCUUAUUGAUGGAGAUUUCAGUGAGCUUUUAGUAUCAAAGUUUUUAACCGACAUUCUGUCCAUCCCUGCGCUAAUCUUGCAUUUGGAGACGAACGCACCGCAAUGUGUGGCACAGCUGCAGUCAAUGAAUAUUCUCAAAAGAGCUCUCAAAAUGUCUGAAACUUCAGGGUGGCACAAAGAGUUUGUUAAAACAUCUUCGGGAACAAAAUCAUUGGCGUUUUUAGGAAAUCUUGUGAAUCUUUUCCACAUCGAAAAUACAGACGAAGCUCGUUUACUGGCAUAUCCCCAAAUGACUGAAGUAACAACUUAUAUUUUGGAAAAAAUACCAGAAAGUGUUGGUACAAAAGGUGUAUUUUCUCAAUGGCAUGAUCUUCUGGGUUGGUAUACACCUUCCCAAGAUACAGCCCAAAAUCAAAAUGUCCCGUUGCUUAAAAAACAAUUCCAUAUGUUGUGGGGACACAAGUGUAUUAAGUUGCUUCUGGGAGACGUUCUCAAAGAAAUCAAUAAGAAUUUCGAAAGACUCGAAUUUCAGCCGCCUCCUCAAAACUCAAGCAGCAAUUUGUUGCGCAGGGCCCUAGAAAGAAGUUCAACCAAAGGUAAUUUGAACAAAAGUGGCAAACAAUGGAGAAAAUUGGACUCGCCUGAGUUUUUGAUGGUAUCAAAAGUGUGUUCAAUGUUCUUUGCUGCCCUAACAACACUAUCACAAUUAAAACUGGACAUUUUAUCAGGAAUAUGUUAUAAUGACUCAAUACUUUACGAUCUUUGGCAACUUAUAACAUCGGCUGGGCAGUACUGUGGAAUACGGGAAUAUGCUGAUCUUUUAAAAUCUGACCCCACCGGCUCCCAACCGCAAAUUUGUAUGCUUAUGUUGUUUUCAGAUUGCAUGACGCAUUACGUUACAAUACUAGACGAAUAUGAAAUGUACACCGAGCAAAAACCAUUUCUGUUGAAUGACUUUGUUGGAUUGUCCCAUUUCCUAAAUAAUUUUUUAUAUAAGAUCAUCCAGGAUAACCUUCUUGAUCGGAAAAAUUUAACAUCGUUACCGCUUUUUGUAUCGCUGCACACACUUUUGCUUUGUCUCUAUCGCAGAGAUUGUCGUAGGCCUUUUGCCACACCCAAUCACUGGCUUAUACAAGACAUCAAACCUUCGCAUUUUUUGGCCGAUUUGGAAAAAGGAAAAAAACAUGCACAGAUUUUACUACAAAAAAUGCCGCACAUCAUACCUCACGAAGAUCGCGUCAAGCUAUUUCGUAGAUAUGUACAAAAUGAAAAGGCUGUUCUUGGUCUUACCGAAUCAGCAUGUGCAUCACCAAGAUCGGCUUUAAUUGUAAUACACCGAGAACGUAUAGUGGAAGAUGGAUAUCGACAGCUAGCAGCAUUACGGGCACAUGCUUUGAAGGGUGUAAUUCGAGUGAGGUUCAUCAAUCAGCAGGGUCUUCAUGAAGCUGGCAUAGAUCAGGAUGGUGUUUUCAAGGAAUUCCUUGAGGAAACCAUCAAGAGAGUUUUUGAUCCAUCUUUGAACUUGUUUAAAACAACAUCGGACGAACGACUCUAUCCAUCUCCGAUAUCAUUUGUGCAAGACAAUCAUUUGCAGCUAUUUGAGUUUGUAGGAAGAAUGCUGGGAAAAGCCGUCUAUGAGGGAAUAGUUGUGGAUGUCCCAUUCGCAUCGUUCUUUCUUUCACAGUUGCUUGGUCAAACCCAGCAGGCUCUAUAUUCUUGUAUGGAUGAAUUACCAUCUUUGGAUAAUGAGCUUUACAGAAGCUUAACUUUCAUAAAACAUUACAAACAAGAUGUAUCGGAUUUAAAUCUGACUUUUUCCGUUGAUCAAGAUGUAAUGGGCAAAAUAGUGACGCAUGAAUUACACCCUGGUGGAAAGGGUCGCGGUGUUACUGAUCAUAAUAAAAUAAUAUACAUCCAUUACAUGGCCUACUUUCAUAUGCAUACUCAAAUACGUGAACAAACAGCUGCAUUCAAUCGUGGAUUCCGUAGCAUUGUAAAUCCUGAAUGGUUGUCGUUGUUUUCAGCUCCUGAACUCCAGAGGCUAAUAUCUGGCGACACUGUGCCCUUAGAUUUGAGAGAUUUGCGUAAACACACUCAAUACUAUGGCGGAUUUCAUGAUUCUCACCGAGUGGUUGGAUGGUUAUGGGAUAUUUUAGCUAAAGAUUUUACAGAGGAAGAAAGAAAAUUAUUUUUGAAGUUCGUAACAAGUUGUUCGAAACCACCUUUGCUGGGCUUUGCACAUCUGGAACCACCAUUUUCAAUACGCUGCGUUGAAGUAGGUGACGAUGAAGACACUGGUGAUACUAUUGGAAGUGUUAUUCGUGGAUUCUUUACGAUUCGCAAAAAGGAUCCACUCAACCGACUCCCAACUUCUUCGACAUGUUUUAAUUUGCUAAAAUUACCAAACUAUCAAAAGAAAUCAACACUUAGAGACAAAUUACGUUAUGCAGUAUGCAGUAAUACUGGAUUUGAACUCUCAUAGUCACACAAAAGAGCAAUUGGAAAGAAUGUUUUGAGUCUUACAAAAAAGAUACUGGAUAUUUUGUUGGUAAGACAUAACCUAUGCAUAAAUUUAUUUAUUAAAAUAUGAAUGUACAUAUAUUGGUUAUGUAUCUGUGAUAGAUUAAAUUGUAUUAUUAUAUUGAAUGUAUAUAAACAAAAAAAAAACACAAUUACAAAUAUGUUUGUAAAAGUUAAUAAAAUUUAGGAACACAUGCAUAUAAUUAUAUAAGUAAAAUGUAUAAUGUUUAUAAAUAUCUAUUUCUUAUAAAUAAAAUAAAUCAUAUUUUUAAUA